CAGAGCGACUUGAACAAGGAUGAUAUUCCUACCAGCGCCGAACCCGCCGAAAACCUCAAGCGAAAUCCGCAUUCCUUAAAAGCCGGCCCAAAAUCCUUCAACGCGUCUAGAACACCACACCAUUGGCGUCAUCGUUUAACAAAUCUCCGCCGUGCUUACGCCAAGAAUCAUCGGAUUAAAACAUGCGACAAGCGCACUGCAAGAAUUCGUAGAGUUAAAUGCGAUGAGAAAAAGCCCGCUUGUCAUCGAUGCACAAGCACUGGUCGGAAAUGCGACGGCUACGCGCUUAUACAGAAGAUCAACCCGCGAGAUGUGGCGCAUGGCCGGAUGCUAUUGCCGCCUGUCUCUGCUAUUAAUUCACAAGCCUUGCUUCCUGUUGAGGAACGGAGGGCGCUUCGAUAUUUUCACAGUGUUAUUUCGCCGCGGUUGUCGAGCGCCAGGGAUGGCUACUUCUGGACCCAUCUUGUGAUGCAGCUCAGCGAGUCAGAGGCCGUUGUGAAACAUACCAUCUUAUCGAUAAGCUCGUUGUUUGAGUCUUCUGAAGGAAAGAAUGUGGCGCCGUAUACAGAGAGGUUUGCUCUUCAGCAUUACACAUCGGCAAUUCAACGGCUUAAGACUAUACAUAGCGAGCCUUUGGUGUUACUCGUGUGUAUCUUGUUCAUCUGCGUUGAGUACCUCCUUGCCAAUAACAAGAUUGCGUUGCAACACUGCCAACAUGGUCUUGCAAUCAUGGAAAAGUGCAGCAAUCCAUGGGCUCGACGGUAUUUAAUGCCUGUCUUCAGACGCAUGACCGCUGUGCCCAUGCUUUUUGGCCCAGAGGACAUUGAGAGCGAAAGCAUGCCAGCCUUGACAUACAUGAUACCGACCAAGUUCUACUGCAUGGAGGAUGCACAAUACAUGAUGGAUGACAUCUUCAACCGAGUGGUACGACUCUGCCACAUGAGACAUCGCGGAGUUGUCUUUGAUAUGACAGAGGAGUACAACACCGUCGGCACUCAUCUACAGACCUGGCAAACGUUAUUCGAAAAGCUCGAAGUCGAUACGACUUCUUUAUUGUACCAAGCGCAGGAGAGAUCACUCUUUAUGCGACUCAAACUUUCUUAUCUUGAGUUAUGUGCCGACUUCCGAUAUGCUGAGCAUAUGGGGACAUUUCGCCAGGUGCUACAACUAGCGAGCUGGCAAAGUCAAAGGUCUACUAAACAGUCCAGCUUUGAACUUGCAUAUACUCCAAUGCUCUUCUUUACAAUAAUAAAAUGCCCUGAUCUGAGCAUUCGACUUCCUGCGCUGCGGUUGAUGAAGAAACUGGGUUCACCGACGGAGGGUAUUUGUGAGAACCUUCAGAUGCUGACGACGAGUCGAGAGAUAAUUCAGAAGGAACACGGAGUGGAGAUAGUGGACAUUGAAAGUUAA